ACUCAUUUUCAUACACGAGACAGUUAUGUUGGCUAUGCUGCAAAAGUAUGUUACUUCUGCUUUCGAUGUACAAACGAGUUUCGUUGAAAGCAUUGUUGGAUAACGCAACAGGUUAUUACAUUCUUGUCGGUCAAUAAUUGAUAGAGGAAAGUUUUAUUAAAAUGACUUGAUAACUUUGACCCUGAAAUGUGUGCUGGUCUCAGUAAUGGAAAAGAAAUGACUGGCCGCAGAUAACUCAAAUUUUGAGGCUGCAAACGAACGCGCUAUGUACAAUGGCAUCGCCUGUAAAAAGAGAAAUGGUAUACAUUGAGGACCCCCUUGCACUUACUCAAGCAGAUGUAAAACAAGAGAAUUCAUUCGAUAUAACAACAGAAUGCAGCAUAGAAGACAACAGUUCACAAGAUUGGCAAAACUCAGUCCUGAUAAAGGAGGAGAUUGAGAUUGCAGAAGGCUGGGAACUAGCUGGAGAAGAAGCAAGUAUAUAUUUCGAACCAGAGAUGUGCAUUACAGAGGACCAGUGGACACUAGAGAAUUUGCAGGACAAAUUUCCUAAUGGAGAAAAUCGGUUAGCUGCUCAAAGUAAUCAGAAGGAGAGCUGUGGUGAUGAUAUUGAAGUCAUUGACUUGGCCUCUGAUGAUAAUGUUGAGGAAACAACAAUGGAUGUUAAACCUAAAACUGCUCCGAUACUGCGCCGACUAUUGGAACAGGGUCCGGCGUGGGACGAACCCGGGCUGGAGGAGGAGCCCGCAUUCUCCUGCAAGCAGUGUGGUGCGGCCGCCGAGAGCGCCUCGGAGCUGGCGACGCUGUGUGCAUGGCACACUGGCGAGCGGCCCUUCUCGUGCACGACCUGUGAAAAGCGGUUCGCUACACGGGUGCAGCUCUGCAUACACAGCAUCGCGCACUCGCGGGGGCAGCCCUUCCCCUGCCUCGUGUGUGGCGAGGAGAUAUCGCGGAUGGCCCACUUCCGCCACCACAUGGUGCUGCACGACGACUCCAGGAACCGCCCACCCCGGCGCUGCCUCCACUGCCGCCGCACUUUCCGCGGGGACCGUGAGUGGCAACGGCACCUGCUGCGUGCGCACCGCAUCAACCGCCGCUCUUCUGUGAGCCGAGCACAACCCGGCAGUCCGAAAACAUCUGUCGGGAGCUGCUGCCACUGUGGGAGGGAAUUCACGAACAGGGGAGGCUUGCGUCGGCACGAGCUGGCUUGCAGCAAUGGCAACAUGCUGCUCAAACAAGAGGAAUGUAGCACAGAGGGACUAAGAAUCGACAUAGACAGGAUUAUUCACCAGCAGGAUUUGUCUCUGGCGUGACAAGAGUCCGUGUCCUGUGUUCCUCAGCCGACUGUCGCAGAGCAGUCUACGUCGUUGCCAGUUCCUACAGGUGUGGCUGUGGCAGCACUGAGGAGGAAACUACAGGAUAAGAGUAGAAAUUUCUCUGGUGAUCAGACAACUUGACUCUCUGUAAUAAACUCAAACACUUGCCUCAUCAGCUCAGAUCUCAAAAGGCUUAUUGCUUAGUCUUGUGUGUAUUUGUUCUUUGAUUGCCAUAUUCACAUCAUUUCUUCAAGAAAUGAUAAUGAUUGUGUCUUGUGUAAAGACAGUAUUUUUUAGCUUGGGUUUUUCCUGGAUUUAAUACAAGGGAGGAGAUUAUGUCUGUGUUGAAGAGAGUAGUUUACUUGUCAAGUGCCUUGCUUUAGCCAAAAUAUUUGCCAGGUGGUUUGAGAGAAAGAAGCUGUUGACUGUUAAUGUUGAGCAAGUGUUUUGUUAUAAUGCAAAUAGUAGUGUAAAAUAAUGUGCAGUUGUGAAUUUAAAAUCAUUUGUUGUUCUUAUUGUUUUUGUGGAAAGACCAAAUGAACAGAUGCAUUGGGAAGGUACAAAUUACAUUUGAGAGGAAGAAGGUCAAAUCUCUGUACAACUAUCCAGAUUUAGAUUUUCCACAGUUUCCAUAAAUUGUUUAAGUAAAAUCUUGAGAUUACUAUGUGAAGAGGACAUGGCCAAUUUCCUUCUCCGACUUGAGUUUUCGCUUCAUUUCUAAUAACCUCACUGUUGGUAGGACAUUAAAACCCAAUCUUCAUCUCACACUGUGGAAAGCAAUGUGUGAAAUACUAAUAUGAAAGGGCAGCAAGAUCGUUAGUUGCUCAUGACCUAUGUUGCUGCUCAGGGAUAGUGAGUAACUUGUGGAUUGCGCACAAAUGCUUGCGAGUGAGGCAGCUUGGUGAUACUCGUAGUGGUAGCGAAAUCAGUGAAGUAUAAUAAAUGAUGUGCAAUGAAAACUGCAUGCAUUAUGUUACUUUCUUCUUUGCAUCUUUACAAAUAUCAUAGUAUCAUAAACUAGCCAUAGUUUCCAUUCGUAAGCAUUGCUUCGAAAGAAAAUUUUUGACUACCACAAUCAUACUCAAUUUAUGAAAUACUUCAUGAUUUCAGUGAGUACUCCAAAGAUAUUAUGAUGUGUGUAAUGCUUCUUGUCCCUCUCUUUGACACUGAACAUAACCCAGAGAGUCACAAGUAUCCCUUUCACCCACUAUUUGAAACUAAAAAUAGCAUUAAUAACAGUGUAUUCUGUUGAAUACAGGUCCUACUUCUUUCUCUUACCUCUACAAAAUAAUGAAGGAAUUUUUUUCAAAACUAGAGGGCAAGAAGAAAAAGCACAGAGGAAAAUAUUAUGUUUAUUCCUGUAACAGUUACAAGCUGAAACGUUGUUGGCAGUUGCUUCAGUAAGCAAGAAUCAUUAUUCAGAUUUCUUUUAUGAAAAUGAAUGAAUACUUUUUCUAAAAACAUACUCAAAAUCUAUUUUACAUUAGUUUCUGUUUUAACUUUCUUCAGUGCGAGGAGUGGCAGUAAUCCAGACCCGUCUUCCGUGAUUGAACUCUUUCUGCUUGAUAUGGAAUGGAGAAACUUUAAUAAUUUUCUCACAUGACUGAUUUUAAAUUGUAAGACUUGGUGAUAACAGGUUGCAAGAAGUACUGCAUACGGUGCCUGAACAUGGAUAAACUCUGCCAGCAUGUUCUUGUGUAAUUGCUUUUGGUCAAAAGGUAGUAAUUACAAAACCAGCGUACACACAACCUUUUCAUGACUUUAUUUUCAUACAGGGAGUAGUGUUUCAUUCAUUUGAAAUUCCAACAAAGCUAGUAAGCUUAUACUUUUCGAUCUGUGAUCUUCUGUUACUGUAUCAUGGUUUUCUAAGACGCUUCCUCAGUUGGCCAGCCUAAAAGUGAACCAGUCGCAGACUAACACAUUCUGGAUAAAUUGACAUAAAUACCAGUUCGUGGUCACCAUGAACCUCGCCAAACUCAGUUUUCAUCUGUGUGGCUGCCCAUCUACACAAAUGAAAGUGUUUAACUGGAUUUGGAAAUUUGUUGUAAGUUCCUUUGGGACCAAACUGCGGAGGUCAUCGGUCCGUAGGCUUACACACUACUUAAUCUAACUUAAACUAACUUACGCUAAGUACAACACACACACCCAAGCCCGAGGGAGGACUCAAACCUCCGACGGAAUUGGAUUUUACUUAACCAGGGAGACAAAACAAUAAUGGUCAUAAACCCUGUUGCUCCCACCGAAACUAAGUUUACUGUGCAGAUUCUUUCCCUGUCAUUCUAGUAAAGCCAGUCAGUAUCCUUGAAGAGCAGCAGGAGACUUUUUACUAGGUAUUUGUUAGGAAUUAAUGACCCAAAUAUAUUGUGUCUUUCAGUCUCUAGUGCUUCGCAUUGGAAUAUUAAAUAUGGUGUGUUUUCCUCUCCCACACCUGGUAAAUUUUAUCGUAGUAACGCAAGACCCUUUCCUUUUUACACCUUGCCUCUUCAAAAGGGUUUGCCAUUAACAACUACACGGUGCAUCUGUUUGAAUCUCAACAAAACCAUUUGUGAAUCAUGCUUAACCACCCCGAUGUAUUGUACCAAAAUUUCACAUUUUUUUUAUUGAAAUUUAUCAGACUUUACAAAGAUUACGAGAGUUUCGCCAUUUCACAUUUGGCAA